AUGGCUCCGCCACCUGCGGUGCUGGAAGCGGACCACCAGGUCUACGACGACGGCAUCCCGGAAGGGACCGGGGUAGACCUGAGAGUGGCGGUACGUAGGCUCAAGGCCAGGAAUACCGCCCCAGGACCCGAUGGCUUGCCUGGCAAAGCCUGGGUCCUGGCCUCGGAGGCUCUCGGGCCCCGACUGGAGGGGCUCCUAAGCGCAUGCUUGGAGACAGGCCAAUUCCCGCUUCGUUGGAAGACGGGGAAGCUGGUCCUCAUUCGGAAGCCGGGGCGCCCUGCGGACUCUCCGUCCGCAUACCGGCCCGUGGUGCUGCUCGACGAGGUGGGCAAGCUCUUUGAAAGAGUCAUUGCAAACCGCCUCGCCGAGCACCUUGCGGGGACGGGGCCGGAUCUUGCGGAACACCAGUUUGGUUUCCGCAAGAGGCGCUCUACGGUGGACGCCAUCAUACGCGUGAGAGCCCUCACGACGGGUGAUGCAGUGGCCAGGGGGGGGUUGUUUUGGCGGUGUCUCUCGACAUCGCCAACGCCUUCAACUCCAUGCCCUGGAGCUGCAUUAGGGAGGCACUCCGGUAUCACCGGGUGCCGAGCUAUCUCCGUCGUAUAG